UCAAGCAGGGAAGGGGCAGAGAGAGGGAGACACAGAAUCUGAAGCAGGCUCUAGUCUCUGAGGUGUCAGCACAGAGCCCGAUGCAGGGUUAGAACUCACAAACGGUGAGAUCAUGACCUGAGCCAAAGUCGGAUGCUUAACUGACUGAGCUGCCCAGGUGCCCCUAAAAGAAAAUUUUAAAGGAAGGAAAAGAAAAGAGAAGAGAAAAGGUACAUGGCUACUUUUUAAAAUAAAAUAAUUUAAAAUUAUAUCUGCUUUAUAAUUUUAGUGGAAAAUUCAUAUUCUUUCCACAUAGAUAACCUAUGAAAUUGAAUAGAAGAACAAUAAGAAGACGACUCCUGUUUUUUAGCCACUAGAACAUUAAUUCUGGGUAUUUCUGCCUGGAUCUUUAUGUGGCCGAGGGGCCGGAGAUCCCCCAGUCUCAUCACUGAUGUAGAGGAAAAAGCAGGUCUGAACCCCGCUUGCCCCCUACUGCGACACUUGGGGCAAUUUCUCCCUCUCUGAACCACAGGCUCUUGGUUGGUAACGUGGGCAGGAAGAUUCUAACCUGAGAGUGUGCCAUCAGACUGCAGGGUGGGGAGAGGCCAGGCAGGAGCCUGGGAAGGGACUGCCCGCAGGGAGGGUGUGGCCAGGCCUCACACCCUCCCUCCUCCAGGCUGCCCCUGGUGACAGGGCAGGAACCUGCUGAGUUCUCUGCAUGGGGCCCCCAGUGCCAGGAGGCUGGAGCUGGGAGCUAGAGGCCAGAGACAUGAACAAAAUCUUCCCCCAGGGAGAUGGCAAUGGCAAUGCUGCUGCUGGAACCAAAGCCCUCCCUGGAGGGGAAGGCUUUGGCUCCCUCUGUUGCUCACGCCGAGGCGCCUGCCUCUCAGCCUUCUUGCUCCUGCUUCUGGUGACUCUCGCAGCCCUGAUCGCGCUGGUCACCAUCCUUGGACUCCCCCCGCGCACACCAGGGGUCCAGACCUGUGUGACACUGAUGAACAGGACAGGCUUCCUGUGCCACGACCGGAGGAGCUGCGUCCCAGCCAGCAGGGUCUGUGACGGCGUCCGCACCUGUGCCCAGGGCGAGGAUGAGGACGAGGCCAUGUGCCGGGAUGUGCCCCAGAGCCUCCCCAGCUUCCUCGUGGCCCGCUGUGGAGACCCGACUUCCUGGAUCUACUCGGACCAAAAGUGUGAUGGCAUUAACAACUGCGGGGACUGCUCAGAUGAACUGAGCCCAGUGACUGCAUGCCCACCCUGUGGCCCUGGCUGGUGGCGCUGCCCCUCCACUGUCUUCAAGUACUGUGACUGCAUCCCAAGGGUCCUGUGCCGUGACCACACACAGCACUGCUCCGACUGGUCUGAUGAAUACUCCUGUCCUGGACCCUGAGGGGGCCACCCGGGCCAGGCUGGGAGGCUGGCUGGAACGGGACUCAUAACCCUUCACAUGAGCAUCACAUCCAAGAACGCGAAGGCAGGAAGGAGGCUACAAGAUCAUCUAGUGGGAUCCAUGCACCACUGCCUGUGAACAAGAAUCCCCUCUCCUGGGGGCGCCUGGGUGGCUCAGUCGAUUAAAUCUCAAACUCCUGAUUUUGGCUCAGGUCAUGAUCUCAAGGUCGUGAGUUCGAGCCCUGCACCAGGCUCUGAGCCGAGCAUGGAGCCUACUUAAGAAUCUCUCUCUCCCUCUCACUCUGCCCCUCCCCUGCUUGCUCUCUCUCUUAAAAAACUGCCUCUCCUGCCUUCAAGUUGGUCAGCCUCUCCUUGAAUGCCUACAGUGAUAAGGGCUCACUACCGUAAUGGGCAGCUUCUAAGAUGAAUGGAAUCUGCCUCCGUGAUUUUGGGCCUGUUUCUGGGUGACACAGAAGAAAUAUGUUCCUCUGCCCUAAGAUAGGCUUGCAGAUCCUGACCUUGUCACCCCUUAGAAAAAAGUUAAGUCUGGGAUUUAAAAAAUCAAGCUAAGGAAUUUAGCUCUUAGGGAUGGAACAUACAUGUGAAGUGUGUGCCACUUUCUGCCCCUCUGGUACCUAAGACAAACGGCCGGGCUCACAUGCAGCCUUAGCAUUUUUCUCAACACGGUAAUCCCAGUGAGUGCUACUGAUUGACCACAGAAGAUUGCAUAUGAGGCAGGGUACAGGCCAUUCAGCCGUUGGGAAGCUGUCACCGGAGGCUCUGAGCCGGAGAAUAGAGGGUCAGGAGAAAGCGAAGCUUGAGGAGCUGCUCACUGCCCAUUCUCCACCCUACCUCUCCCCACCCUCUACCCUGUGACCAGCUGCCCAGCCAAACAGCCCGGGUUUCCUGAAGUGGGUGUUGUAUUUUGGUGCUGGUGUUUGAGUGAAUGAACUGUUUCUUUGAAUACUUUCUGGUUUCACAAUAGCCAGACAGAAGAGGACGGUAUCCCCAUUGAACAGAUGAGAAAACUGAGGCCCAGAGGAAGAAAUGGCUUGCUCAGGUCAUACAGCAAAGACAGUGCUGGAACUGGAACUCAAGCAUGGUCUCUGGUCUCUAGGCUCUGAAGCCUUUCCUGCUACCAAUGUGAUUUAUACCUUGGCCAGGAACAGAAUCUCUGUGGGGUAUUUAAACAAGGUAGCUUGAAGGGCAGAAUGUGGCCUGCCCUUAUUCCAAAAGAGAGACUUAGAAUCUGGCCAACGAGAGGGUUCCUGUUGAAGGAGACAGACAUAUCUCCAUUGGAAAUUAAUUGGUUUUAUAUAGCAGUCUUUUGUGAGUUUUGAGUUGAAAAUGAGCAUCUGAGAGAUUGCUGAGCUCCAGUUCAUCCUUUGACUCACUGCACAGCCUCCGUGCACCUGCUGUGGGCCAAGCCAGGGCCAGGCACCCAAGAGUGAAGACAGCUGGAUCCCAGCACACGAGGAACAGAGUCUCAUGGGGGAGGCACCUCACACGUAGAGGGAUGGAUGGGCCACAGGAAAUGCUGGGAUCAGGGCACCAAGGAGAGGCCUUUGGGGAGUGAGGAUACAAUCAUGUCCCCGACACUGACGACCUGAGGACCAGCUCCUGGAACAAGGUGCCUCAGGGAUGCUGGCUGAAGGAUGGUCAGCCCAGGGCUCUGGCACCCUUGGCUGAGCUUCAUUCCAACUAACGGCACAAGUGAGGCACUUCUGACACCUGGUCCAGAGCAAGGACACUUGGGCUGGCUCUGGAGGGUAGGAGAAUUAAUUUCCAGGGGUAGAGGUGGAGGAGAGGGCAUUCCCCUCCAAGGGGCCAGUGUGAAUGAAAGUAUGGGUGUGUGACAGGGCACAGCUCGGCCAAGGAAUGCCCAGCAGGCCAGAGAGGCCAAAGCAUGGGCUGGGGGUAGGAGACAGUAGGAGACAAGGUGAGGAGGCAAAGAGGGAUGUGAUCCCUCAGGGCACAGCUUGUCACGCUUCAUCCUAAGGGCAGUGGGCAUCAUCGGGGCCAAGGAGCAAGGAAGUUUUCUGGACCUCCGAUGAACUUUAAUUGCAAUAAUCCAAGAAAGAGAUGCCAGCACUUG